AUGGACCCACGAGACCAGACGUUCAUGACGAUUCACAACCUCACACCCGAAGCCAACAUUCUCUUUGCGUCUGACUCGAUCCUCGAUAUUUUGGGCUACCAACCCGAGGAGGUCAAGGGGAAGUCCUGCUUCGACUAUUUCCACCCCGAUGAAAUCCCGUUUGCACGCUCUGUCCAUAGCAGAGGCAUCUUACUGGACAAGGCCGCAGUGCUCCACUAUGCCCGCAUUCUGUCGAAAUCUGGCCAGUGGGUGAGCUGUGAAUGCUGCUUCACCAUUGUCCACAACGUGCUGGUGGCCUCUACAAGCAUAUAUUUCAAAAGUGAAAAGAGUGAACGAAGAGCAAGAGACGCGCCGCAGAUCAGGCGCAUCUUCUCAUGCUCGCCGCGAGAUCCCAGAUACCAUAUGCUCGAGCAUCUGUCGCCCAAGUUUAAAAUGCCGCCGAUGGAGCGAGAGCCGCGUGCUGCCCUCAUCCUCAACCGCUUCACCAGGAGCCUCAACAUCAUGUAUGCAACAGAUGUUGUCACACAGAUUCUGGGGCUAAGCCCCGGUGAUCUCGUAGACAGGCCCUUUUACGAUUGUAUUCAGCCGAAUUGUCUUGAGGAAGCUGAGAGGUGUUUGGAGAGCGCCAAGGCGAACGAGUCGAUUGCAUAUCUUCGAUUUUGGUACAAGGAUCCGCGUGUCGAUCUGAACGAUACGGACAACGAGGAAGAGGAGGUAGAUGAGUCGGAUGACGAAUCUGACCAGAGCAGCAGCAGCAGCGAGACUCAGAGCGAAGUAGAUUUCAAAGAGCCUCAGUCAGGGUACGACGGCAUGGAUGUCGACGGAGACCAUGGUCCUGAGCCCGGGGCCGCUGCGGAGGACAUGGGUGGUGGCCGAAGCGGAGAGCGGCCCGGUUCCCGGAGUCGCGUCGGUUCGCUAAACGGCUCCACGCGCGACCCGCAAGUCCCUCAGACAUUUGAGUUGGAGGCGGUUGUAUCGUGCACGUCGGACGGGCUCGUUGUGGUGCUGCGGAGAGCACGGCCACCUAUCCCCGAUCCGCAACCAACCGUUGCCCCCGCCGCCAUCAAUUACGAAAACGGCCUCUUUGCGGCCCCGUGGGGAUAUCGGCCCAUCAAACCAUACAUCUCGCCCGAGCUGCUUUAUACGUUCCGCCCACCGCUCCUACCCGAAUAUAUGCCGCUGCGGGAAGGCAUAAAAGCAGCUGGCGGACCUCCACUAGACCAGCUGAUGAGAUCAAUCCGGGACGUGGCCGUGUUUGCAUGGGCGGUGACUGGGAUCAACGGUACGCUUGCAACUUAUGGGCACGGUCGGCCGAGGAUGGGCGCCCAACCGGCAGAUGGGCUGCCUAUAUGGCAACCAGACUCGGGCUCAACCGUGUACCAGAGCCCAAGGGACCGGACUUCGUCUCUGGGCGCGGGUACCGAGUCGCCGGAAGAAUUAUUUGAAAAUGACGGGGCCUACGAUUGCGGCAUAGUGUACCAGCCUGGUGAGACGUCGACCCACGUCUAUCCCCGUCCGCGGCAUGCCUCGCUCGACGAGCAAAUGUAUGAGGGCGGGCACACAUCAUGGCACCAAGCUAGGCCAGCAGAAUCGUACAACUACGGCGACAAUGACGCCGAGCACUACCGACACCCGCUGCGUCCUGUCUUUUCGUACGACACACUACACGGCCAUGGCCGGCGUCACCAAGCCUACCCUCCCCCGUCCCAGGCGAUGCCCGGCCGGUGUAAUGCUGGGCAAGCAUCCUGGACUGGUUUAUUAUCAUCUCGAACGCGUAUUUCGAGCUACGGUGUAGCGCCUUAUCCUCGGUUACCUAGCAGACCUGAAGCAAGUAACCGUUGGGGACACUCAUAUCGGUAA